AUGGAUCAACAACAAAUUUUGGAUGUAAUUGAUCUUGUUUCCUCCGAUGAUGAAAAUGUUGUUGGAACCAGCUUACCUGAAAUUUCUAAAAAAAUGAAUUUAAGUAGAAUAAAUUACAUUCAGUCAGAUCGUCAAAAUAUUAUAUUUCCAGGGUACAAUAGAGAGAUUUUUGCAAAAUUAGUAAAUUAUAUUUCUAACAAACAAAAUAAUGAUCAACUACAAUGUCAUCAUUCUUUUUAUUGUACAAUGGGAACUUUAUUAAGAGUAUUUAAUCCACAUCUAUGGAUGUCGGAUUGUACUAUGGAACAUUAUUUCAGUCUUUUAGCCAAAAGUUGUACGGAUCAAUUAAUACUGAGCUUACCACCAGUUUUUUUUAAGGAUCUAGUAAGAGGUGGGUUUGACAAAGCUACCAAUUCAAUGACAGCCACAAUAAAAAAUGUAUAUGCUUAUGAUAAACUUAUAACUCCCACAUACCUAGAGGGUAAUCAUUGGACGUUGACUGUGGUGAAUAUUAAGAGUCGUACCAUUACUUUAUACGAUAGUGUAAAAUCAAGCAUAUAUGAAGAUCAAAUUAAUUUAUUAGUUGAAUUUUUGAUUGAGUCAUACAAAAAAUAUGAGAAGCCGGUUGAUGAACAACAAUUACAAUGGACAUUAGACUUUGGGGAUUCUCCAUUGCAAAGUAAUACGUCCGAUUGUGGUGUAUUUACAUGCACAAAUGCCAGACAUGUUUUACUGGGAAAACCAUUAUACUACACCCAGGAAGAUGCUCCACUCUUACGACACAGAAUUACAUUUGAAAUCUUAAAUAAUGUGUUGUUACCUACUCCGGAUGCUCCACAAUUCUUUUUGAAAUAA